UGAGGUGACGGCGUCGCUAGACCGCUCUCGAGACAUGACGCUUCACCCUGUCGUGUUCUGUCCUGAGGUCGGAGUUCAACGACACCUGUCCGGUUGCGCUCCGACAAGUCGCGUGACUUCCAACACAGGGAUCAUCGCCAACCCUGAAGUCGCCGUGAAAGUAGCCUGUGGGAAAAUCUGCCCGUGCACAUUGCGUCCGUGGGAGUCUGACUUCCCAGAACAGCUGGACUCCCUGCCGUCGCACGCCCCGCGAGCCCCCCCUAAACGAGGACGGCGGACACUGACAUCCGGAGAAACGAACAACUUCGGGCGCACGGGUUUUUCGCGGCUGCCUACAGAUGCCCAACUUGGCAGCAUGACCGUAGCCCAGCUGCGUGAAUUCUUGGGGCCGUUCAGGUGUUUGGAGCAGGCUGGAACUACUUCGUUCCUGAAGCCUAAACUCCUCAGCGUAGCGAAAGGGGUCGUACAGGUUGUCGAGCAGAGCGGGUUGGUGGGAAGCUCGCUCGUGUUUCGCAUGCCGCAGCAGGACGCCGCUGCUGGCGGCCUUGGCCAGCCCUCCGAUGGAUGGCUGGAUUGGGAACCUCUUCGCGCGCAACUCCCUGAGCUCGCCGGAGACACGAUCAUUAUUGCGUGGCUGCGGGCCCGCGGUUCGCUCAUCGGAGAUACGGGGCGCGUGCUGUACCGAGGGAUGGAACGUGUGUUGGAUCUCGGGGCUCUGGGUUGGUUGUCCGGGAUCCCAUGCGGCGAAAACGGCGGGACGUUGCACCUGCGCUUAAACUCGCGCGGAUCCAUGAGAGACAAGGAAUAUCUCGUCCAAGCUGAUGUGCGUGUGGAGAGGGUGGAUGUUGUUGCCCAACACCCCGACGUCGACGAGGGUGACAGCAACUCUAGUGACGGAAGGAGCGACGAUGACAUUCGACGGAGACUGGUCGCCACUUGUGUUGAAGCGGCAUGGUGCCAGUGCCAGUCGGGAGCGGGGGGGGGUUGCCACCACGUUUGCCAGCUCCUGCAACUAGUGCGCCUUUUGCAGCUGACAGAGCACGAAUUAGAGACGUGGGACCCGGAUUCGCCUACGAGUGUCGCUUGCCAGUGGAUCCUCAGACACUGUGGGGGGGGACGAAAUACUGAAUUCGACAUCUUCAACGGGGCGACGGUCAGGGAAGUUGUGGGAGAGUUACGAACGCUGAGAGAUCCCAAGAGAGUCCCGUUCGGGGGGGGUGGUGACGACGUGCCGAGCACGCGUGGAGUAGUGGCAAUGGAUCGCAGAACUGAGUUUAGCUCGCACCCCGAUCAUGGCAAAUGGGCGAGCGCCCGCGAGGACUUUGAUGGUGGCGAAAGUAUGAGCCACGCACAGUGGGACAUGCUGUCCAGGUUUAUUGACGGGGAAAGGGUCCCGGGAGCAGGAGGGAGUACUAGCUUAGCAGUCGACGUACUGAGACCCCGCUUGAGGCGUGAAUCUACUUGAAGACGCACGGUACCGACGUUUUUUAUUUUUUACCCGUGUCGCGUCGAGUGAGUCUGAUUUUGAAAAAAAUACCCAAGAUACAUGGUACCCUUCCAAGCGAGUCUCGCUCAUUUUAAGCAGGUGCUUGCGAACAAAUAUACGUCGAAGUACACCGCUACUUGCAGCGUGGGUCGCGCCCUUUCUGUGCAGCACGAUGCCCCCCACACCAAUUGCAUCAGAGACCACAUUUGCGGAAGAAGAAAAUCAUCAAUAGUCGACCUUGGCACCGCCCCAAAUGAGAGUCCGCGACAGGGCCAUCAGACCUAACCCAAAAGAAAAAAAACAGCGGACAGGGUUGGUGCACGGCUUGUUGUUUGCCCAAUAAAGUCAAGGACAGGUACAAAUGGUUAAGGAACGUUGAGCUCGUCCGCAUGACUGCCCCCUUUCACCUAAACAGCUGAUAUGAUGGGGAGCGCUCGCGCGCAGACAAAAACCACAACGACCUCCCAGGAUAAAAAAUAUAUAUAAUAUCACUUCUCGUGGUCACUUCGCAGACGCAAAGGGCUUGCGAGUGAGGUUAACCAUGGCAGCGCAAACCAGAGCUAUCUCUCCUAUGUUGUCCAUCUGCUGGGAAUCGAACUUCGUCUCAAGAAUACGCCACUGUUUCAUGGCUCCUAUCGCUCGUUCUACGUCAAUACGGAGGUUGGCUACCUCCCGAGUAACGCUGGCAUCCUCCUCGUUGAACUGAUGUUCACCCUUUCGCUUGCUCGGCGGCGCAACGUAGUGCAUUCCAAUGUCGAUCAGGAGUGGUGCCAUCGCGUUAAAUCCUCUCGCAGCCAUUACGUGCAUGCCCUUGCCCCCGAAACCCAGCUCAGUCAACUCCUCCACAAUCCCACACUGUCUAACCAACUCGACGUCACUCGUUCGUCCAACAUACGCAUCGGACACGUAGCAGAUGGAACCCGCGGGGAUGAUGCCGAUGAGUAUCUUCGCUGUGUAUCUCUGCUUGUACUGCGACCACAAUGCAUGUUGCGCAUCCGACUGCCACACUUUUUCGCACCAAAUCUCUGUCCCGUCGAGAAC